AUGGUGGUUGAGGAGGACGACGACGAAGAGGAGGACGAGGUGGUGCCACGUCAAGGUGGGGACAAAGACGGCGGGGUAGGGGGCGGGGCGAGCGAGGGGGAGGGCGACGGCCUCGAGGAUUCCGAAGAAGAGUGGGACGACGGAACCGCCGAAAAAUCGAAGACCCCGUCCAAGACCAACGGCGUGGGCGUUGGCAGCAGCGGAAGCAGCAGCAGCGGCAGUAGCAGCAAGAAGACAUCCGCGGCCACCGGGCCAGCAGCAGCGAAGAAAACAAAGGCGACGGCGCCCCCGGCGGCGGCCACCAGCGCCGCCAAGAAGGCCAAGACGGGCGGAUCCACAGCCUCGCCAGUCGGCGACGACAGCAGUGACGACGAAGCCAGAGGGAGGGAGGAGGCGGAAUCCACUCCGGGGUCCGGGGCGGCCACAAAGGGCCGAGGAAAGGCCAAGAAGGCCGGGAGAGGUAGUGGUGCGAAAGGAAGGUCCGGCAGCGAGGCGGGGAGCGGCAAGAGUGACGACGAAGAAGGAGACGGAGAGAAGAAGAAGCGGAGGAGGGGGAAGGGGACGGCGGCGAGCACCAGCGCCAAGCGCAAGGGGAGAUACGACAGCGAUGAUGAAGAAGGGGAGACCAGCAAGAAGGAACCCGUCAGAGGCGCGAUGGACAAGUUCACGGCCAAGGGCAACGGGACCGGGGUUGACAGCAGCGGGGUUGCCGUGAAGCGCACCAAGACGGUCCUGAAGAGCAGGACGUACUUCGAGGGCGGCUACAUGAAGACCGUCAAUGAGGAGGUGGAGGUCACCGACGACGAGGAGGAAGCCCUGCAGCCCGCCAAGACCAACCAGUCAAGAACGCCACCGCCGGGUACAAAGAAGGCAAAGAUCGGCGUGGAAAACAAGGCCGAGGGGUCAGUGGAAACCCCGGCAGGCGCCAAGGGCAAGGAUGGGGCGACGGCGACCAAGAAAAAGACGGCAAAGGCGGCUCCCAAAUCCGGCGGGAAGCAGGCCAGCAUGAUGAGCUUCUUCAAGAAGGCCUGACCCACCGACCUAUUUGGAGCGAAGGAGCGAAGGAAGGGUCUUGCCGAUAGCUCCACUGUCCAAGUUGUACAGAUCGAUGAAUGUGAGCGCAGGGAUUGGCCUAUAGGUCGAAAGGUCGACGGAAACUCGCGCGCUUCCGUCACUUGGUGUUUCUUUUUUCCUGGUACUUUUCGGUUCAGAGUUGCCGUAGCCCGGAAGAUCAUGCCGUUUCACUAGACAACCGCCUGGUCGACUACCAGGAAAUUGCCUGGCUCGGUCUGGCUCGGUAUGCCAGGUGUUGAUUCGGAUUCUGUACACUUGGAGCAGGGUGUGUUCUUUCUUUAAGAAGCCGGGUUCCGCGCCUCGAAACCGGUUGAUUCGUUUGGUUUAUGUUCGGCGUUGUGGUGAGCGCCCUCCGUCCGCUAGAAUAAUUCUCUCCGGCCGCCUUUACCGGUCGAUCUGUCGAGACAAACCACUUAAUUUGAUUAUGGCGUUCACUUGAAUAGAGCGAAGGUAUGCCUGGCAUUUUCGUUGCCAUCGUUGUUGUCGCGGGUGUUUUCGGUGGUAGUCAAGCGUUGACUUCGGAUGGAGAAAUUCUUGACACAUGCGAUGUCCUAUUGAACCGUAGGACGACCCAUAGGGCCCUCGGGACGUCUGUCCAUGAGUGUGUUCUCUUCCGUACUUGAAGCAUGGAACGUGAUUUCCACAGCCCAACCUCAUCUUGUUCCACGUGCACGGUUGUGAAAAUGACGCAUAUGCUGUAGUAUUUGCGGUACGCGCUGGGUACCGGUGAAAUAUCAGGGAGCGUGGAUGGGAUGCAGAAGCACCAAGAAGGGAGUACAUGCCAUUGCCGCGGUUGCCGUUUCGAAAAAUGUCAGGUAAUCGGACACAGCUAUAGAAGACUGGUGUCAGUGCGUGCAUUGGCACUCAUUCGAGUUCCUUUUGAGGUGGGGUCCACAGGUAGGUGUCCUCACACGCGUGCGCGUCUCGUAUCUCGAUGCCACUCGCUUCUUUUUUUCUAGGCUGCCCGAUGUUCGCCGAAGUGUGAGAAUACACCAACGAUGUCCUUCCUCAGGUCUACUUCGAC